AUGCCUGAACGUUCAGGCUGUGACACCAAUUUUAUACACUUUUCCGAGUCAUAUCACAAAAUCACGAAGCAAGAACAGUUUGAGGAUCCCGAGUUGAAGAGAGUCCUCGCACAGAAUAUAUACGACAACCUAAAAAACAGCAUCGCCUAUUUGGAAGAGACCCAAUAUAACCCGUGCGAGUGCAAUCAUUGCCGAAGCGAUAUAGCAGAUGUUCCAUUGGAAGAUACAGAGCUCCUCAAGAACGUCCCAACCGCCAAUCUAAUUUUCAAAGAGGAAAGUGCAAAGUGCAGCGUAGAAGACACAAAAAUCACCCCAAAUAAUCUAUCUAAUAUAAACCCAGUGGAGGGAGAAACUUCUGUCCAUUCCAAAACUUACAAUAUAUUGAAGAACCAGAAGGAUAAUUUAGAAAUUCAUCAGAUCAUUCCCCCUCUGAUGUAUGAUAGCUUCUCCGAGUUUACCCCCCGUAGUGACUCUCACCAUAAAAGUCCAAGUCUACCCAAAGAAGAAGACAAAAUGAACAACAACAGAUAUGGAGAAUAUUCACCAAUGGACGGGUUUGGAUACAACCACCGCAACUCCAUGGACGCAAAUGGGUUCAGCACAAACACGUAUAAUAGAGAGCUUCCAAAUUUAACCAUGCAGCAACAUAAUAUGCAUGGAAGGAACAACCUCAUGUUCGAAGAUGGUAACAUUCCAUAUGGUCUCUAUGGACAGUCGAACUAUACAGGAACAAAUUCUCUGACGUAUGGAGGUGUUAACCCCUCGCAUGACCCCAAAGCGAUGUAUAGGAGGAACCAUGAAACGAACGAGCCGUUUUAUAAUAACUACCCGAUGGGCAGUGGAAUGGGUUACAAUACGCCCUUCCUUCCCCCACAGGCAUACUACCCAAACAUGAAACGGAAUUUAACGAAAGAGGGAUACACACACGGGUGUCAUUACAUGAACAACCCGAGUAACAAUGGUGCACUCUCCAAAUAUCCUUCAGAAAGUGUCGCGGAUAAGAGUCCCAAAAAAGAAUCGUGCAGGAAAAACCUCUCGAAGGUGAAGAAGGGCGAUAUAGACAUCAACAUAGAAACGUCUUCCUCCAGUCGAAAGGGGGUUAUAAUAGAUUUGAACAUCGGCAUGGGGAAUUAG